AUGUCUGAAGUAGUCAGCACUCUCGCUAAUCCCAUCAGUCUGGUUGAUAUUAAUCAAUUUGAGCCAUCCUUACUGAUGGAAUGUCUAAAAGAAAUUGAAGUAGCCUGUGUUGUCCAUUGGGUUAUUUCCAAGAGAUAUGUGCUUACUGAUGCACCCAUGAAGAGAUAUCAAAAGGUUUAUGCCGAAAUACGUGUUUGUCACAGAAGUGUAGAUGAUUGUAAAAGCAUUGAGUGCUCCUAUUAUUAUUACAGAAGACACCAGCAACCCUGUAAGCGUAUAUACUUGCUUGACAUCCAUGUAAACGAAUUCAGCAUAUUAAGAAACUCAACCGGCAUCAAGGUACUCACAUGCCAAACGCAAGACGCUCCUUCUCUUCCCUCCUCUUCACAAAUGAACAGUGGACAGUCUGAUAUGACGUCUAGUGAAAGAACAUUAAGACGUACAGCAGAUACUGCUUGCACUAUUCGUCAUUCUAACGAGGAUCCUAUCUCUAUUAAGAGCUAUAUUGAAAAUAUAGAAGCCAAUGGCUUACUAUUAGCAUAUGAAAAGGCAUUCAGUAAACUUCAAAGCCUAAAAGACAAAUACAGCUUUCAUUUCAGAACAUUAAACACCUAA